UCGGAAUGAAGAACCACUACAGCUACGCCAUUUAUUUCGUGUUCACGGUCACGGUUAUCAUCAUAUUCAUCGAGCUAAUGAACGCCAUGUACUUCCGAUUCGUGCUCUCGGAAGAUAUGGUCGGUUUUAGGAAGGGUCAAAUGGUCUAUGAACUGGCCGAAAAGAACAAGACGAGCUUCCUCAGCUCGCAGAUCAAGGGCUCAGAGAGCAGAAUAAUGAGCGUGCUUGUCGACAUUGUAAAAACGCUCUUCCUGAUAUUUGUGAGCUUACUUUUCCUUAACAGGACAUUCCAAAAAUUUGGGAUGAGAGUUGCGAGCGGAAACAUUUCGAUUGUAAAGCGCGACUUUCGCAAUCUGACACGCAAAGAGAUAAACUUCCUUUGUCUGGUGGCCGGCCUGUUCAUUCUGAACAAACUUGUUCUGCAGAUAGUGUCCAAAGACAAGAUAUCGAAGUACUUUGCGCUUAAAAUAUCGCUGAUGGGCAUUAUCGGCUAUCUGCUAGUUCUUCCGCUUGCGAUAUUUCUAGCAUACGUGCUCCUGGAGUACUUUGGCAAGAAGAUUAUUGUGGCGUGCUACCUCGCGUACAUCAUCAAGAUCCUCCCAGAUGUUCUGAUCAACGACAACGUUAACUUUGAUAAGAUGGAGCAGGUGGAUGUGAAGUCGUUUCCGGAUGACAUCCAGCACCUGCUGUACAAGUACCAUCUGGAGGACUCGGUGUUCAAGGAGAAAAUACCGGGCUCAGAAAAGAACGCAGCCCUGAUCGGAUACGGCAAGGGAGCACGCAUGGAAAUAUACGGUAAUUUCACCGAGACCGAUCAAGAUCAGCUUUUCUCCGUGUUCCUGCACGAAAUAGGCCAUGCCAAAGAAAAUACCCUGAUGCGCAAGACGAUAAUUUACAUAACUCUGCUCAUAAUUGAGCUGCUGUUCAUGCUGUACAUCUACGAUACGAUCAGCGCAAAGUUCACCACCGAGAUAAUCUCGGUGUUCACCGCAUUUGUGCUACUCGUCUUCGUUUAUAGAGCACUGCUCAGACAGUGGCUGCUGAUGGUCUAUAAGAUAGCGUCGCAGCAGUCGGAAAUCAACUCGGAUAUGUUUGCAAAGGAGCACGAGUAUGGGAGAGAACUGGCAGAAACACUGUUUAACAUUGUAAUUGACGCGAAUGACUUCCUCAAGCCCACGGCGAUAUACAAUUUUUUGAGGAGUGGCCAUCCGGCCAUAUAUGCACGAAUAGACUAUUUAGGCGAGUAAAUAAAAGGAUACUUACGAUUACCGCGCAGAGUUACCGUGUUUGUUCAGUUCUACAAAUGAAAUGCAUUGCGUGAUGAGCAUCAUGUUAUUUUUUGCAAACCGCUCAUCAAUUUUUGCCACUACCGCGCAAUAAUCUGUUUUGCUGGCACAGGGAAUGAGUAACAGGCACGAUACGUAGCUCAAUUCUGUAUAAAAUGGUGCACUUCUUCGUU